AUGCAUUGGACGCCGAAGAGGACGUUGCAAGAGACCGACGCCAUCAUAUGCGCAGCAGGCAAUCCACACGAGAUGGAGACGUCCCUUGUGAAUGGUCGGCUUUAUCGCGUCUACAAGAACUUGUGGCUGUCUCUCCGCGAAUUUUGGAUCCAUUGUGCCACCGCGUACUCGAAGAACACCUAUAUCGUCUUUGAAGGCGACCGCUACACCUACGAAUAUAUAUUCAGCCGUUCUAUCAAGGCCGCCCAUUUGUUCAGCAAGGUGUACGGCAUCCAGAAAGGCGACCGAGUAGGAAUAUGCUCCCGCAACUGUCCAGAUUACCUCGUCGCAUUCUGGGCCUGCCACCUAUUGGGCGCGGUGUCCGUGCUCGCAAAUGCCUGGCUACCCUUGGACCCACUGAGAUACUGUCUGGAGCACACCGAAUGCAAGUUAAUCAUCUUGGACCCCGAACGAGCAGAUCUCCUGGAGCCCGUAGUUGGCGAAAUAGCCGAGAAAGCAGGUACUCAGGGAUUCCUCGUUUUUGAUACACUCGAUGGCAAGGGGUUCUGGAAGCAAAUGCGUUGCUUCAACAACAUGGUCGACGACCUGGAUCGAGAUGUCAAUUGGACAAUGGAAGAUACGCCGGCCAUCCAACCAGAAGACAAUGCCACCAUUAUGUUUACUUCUGGAACAACCGGGUUGCCGAAAGGCGUAUUAAGUACACAACGAAUGUUCCUGACCAAUCUUCGGAAUAUCUCGGUGGGCGUACUGAGGGCCAAACUGCGGCAAGGGGAAAACUUGCCCGAGCCGAAGCAAGGAGCUCAGCAAGGAGUUCUCGUAGCUGUCCCCCUGUUUCACGUCACCGGUUCCACGAGUCUUUCAAUGCUCGCCACAAUGAAUGGGCAGAAGGUCGUGUUGAUGAGAAAAUGGAUAGUCGAAGAAGCUGUCAGGCUCAUCAAGAAAGAGAAUAUCUCAGUUGGUGGAGGCGUUCCCACCAUGGUGUCAGACCUCACAGAAAGCUCUUUGGUCGGCCAUCCUCUGGAUGCAUUAAUCUUUGGUGGGGCCUCUGCUCCAAGUGCUCUCCCAUCAAAAGCCCGUAGAUCGUUCCCCACUGCUAUCAUGAGCCAGACGUACGGCAUGACGGAAACGAAUUCUAUUUCGGUAGCAUGUGCUGGAAAUGACUAUCUAGCUCGCCCUUCAAGCACCGGCCUCCCUGCGCCAGUUAAUGACGUGAUGAUCGUACAUAACGACACAGUUGUACCUGUAGGACAACGUGGCGAAGUAUGGCUGCGGGGCCCCAAUGUUAUGAAGGAGUAUUGGCGCGAGCCUGCUGCGACGGCAAAAGCUUUGACAACGGAUGGCUGGCUUAGGACAGGAGACUUGGGAUCUGUCGAUGAAGAGGGCUUUUUGUACAUACACGAUCGACUCAAAGACAUCAUAAUCCGAGGAGGAGAAAACAUAAGUUCUGUAUCGGUGGAAGAUGCUAUUUACGACGACCCCCGUGUGCUGGAAGCCGCUGCCGUCGGUAUUCCGGACUCAAGGCUUGGCGAACUCGUGGCUGUUGUUGUCUCAACCAAGGCCCCGUUUUAUGGACAAGUAACGGAAGAACAACUCCUGGCAUUAGCGAAAAGCAAACUUCCUCGGUUCGCCGUGCCCGUCAUGAUACUCGUCCAGGAUCGCCCACUCGACCACACUCCUUCGGAGAAGAUUACGAAGGGGGAACUUCGCAAGCUAGCCCAAGGAGCCUGGGAAGCACGGCAGCAGCGCGGCAUAACUGGUACCGUCUCACAUCGACUGUAG